GGAGCUGUCUGCGCCCGCGCCGCAGCAGCCCCCUAGGGAGGUGGGAGGGGGAGUGGUAAAGAUGGCGCCGCCGCCGUUGCGCUCUCCUCCGGGCUGGGGCGUCCGGCGAGGCUGCUGCCAUUGAGAGAGACUGACCGGCGGGCAGACAGACAGACAGUGGGGCAGAGACCGCCGCCGCCAUGUCGGAGCCAGGGCACCUGGGGGUGAAGCGGGCCGAGUCGGCCAAGUUGCGGCGGGCGGAGCAGCUGAAGCGCUGGAAGGGCUCGCUGACCGAGCUGGAGCCGGUGACGCCCGCCCGGAGCCGGCACCGCGGCGGACCCUCCCGCGUUCGCUUCGAGGACGGCGCCGUCUUCCUGGCCGCCUGCUCCAGCGGGGACACCGACGAGGUGAAGCGCCUGCUGGCCCGCGCCGCCCGCAUCAACACGGCCAACGUGGACGGGCUGACAGCGCUGCACCAGGCUUGUAUAGAUGAGAAUCUGGACAUGGUAAAGUUCCUGGUAGAAUAUGGAGCCAAUGUAAAUCAGCAGGAUAACGAGGGCUGGACCCCACUUCAUGCGGUUGCAUCUUGUGGCUAUCUGAACAUAGCAGAAUACUUAAUAAGUCACGGGGCCAACAUAGCUGCUGUGAACAGUGAAGGUGAAGUCCCAUCUGAUCUUGCAGAAGAAGCAGCUAUGAAGGAUCUGCUCUCAGAACAAGUGAAGAAACAAGGACUGGAUCUUGAUCAGGCAAGAAAAGCAGAAGAGCAACAAAUGCUGCAGGAUGCACGGCAAUGGCUGAACAGGAGGAAAAUUGAAGAAAGAAAGCAGCCUCGAACUGGUGCCACUGCUCUCCAUGUAGCCGCAGCUAAGGGCUACUCUGAAGUCAUGAGACUCUUGAUCCAAGCGGGGUUUAAUGUGAAUGUUCAGGACAAUGAUGGCUGGACUCCACUUCAUGCUGCUGCACAUUGGGGAGUGAAGGAAGCUUGCUCUAUCUUGGCUGAAGCACUCUGUGACAUGGACAUCAGGAACAAGCUGGGUCAGACACCAUUUGAUGUGGCCGAUGAGGGAUUGGUUGAACAUUUAGAGAUGCUGCAGAAGAAACAAACUAUGCUGUGUAGUGAAGAGACAAGAAACAAGCUAAUUGAAGCUGAUAUGAAUGGCAAACUUCAGAGUGGACUCUUCAAAAACAAAGAGAAGAUUCUUUAUGAAGCAGACACUCUGAAAUCCCUAGAAAGAGAAGAGAAUAAAGAGUCUAGUAGCUCCAGCUCUGAGGAAGAAGAUGAAGUUUCAGCAUCUGAUACUGAAAAAGAGGCAGAGAGGAAGGAAGAGUCUAUUGCUAACCAUUCCAAUCAUGAAUCCAGAACUCUCAUCACAGAACAAGUGCCACCACCAGAGCAUAACUCUUUCACAAUGGCUCCUGCCAGAAAAAUUACUCCUUUGCUCAACAAGUCUGAAGAGCAAAAGGAUGAAUCUCCUUCUUCCUGGAGGCUAAGCCUGCGGAAAACAAGCAGCCAAAACACACUUAAUGAAGGCACUGGUCCUCGUGAUGCACUGAGAGAGAAGGAAGGUUGUAUCUAUCGCUCCUCUUCAACCCCUCGGAUUUCUGCAUUGUUAGACAACAAAGAGAAGGACAAGGACAAAAGCUAUUUUGCCUCAAUAGCCCCUCGAAGGUUAAACAGUACAGGUGACAUAGAAGAAAAGGAAAACCGAGAAUCUGCUGUUAACUUGGUACGAAGUGGUUCUUAUACCCGGCAGCAGUGGAGGGAUGAACCAAAGGGAAGUGAAGUCCCUGCAACUGGUGCACCUUCGACUUACGUAUCUACCUACAUGAGAAGUGCUUCAUUUGGUAGAAGUAGUGACCGCAGCAGUCCCUACAUUUCAGCCACUCGCAAUGCAUCUCCUGCUACCUCACCCACUAUCCUUGGUUCAUCUACCUCAUUGGGCAUGGAGCGGCAGCAUGCCUCUUGCCCCACAUCUGUUAGUUCAAACACUACAGCACCAGUCCACCAGUAUACAAGAGCCCCAUACAGACAACAAACUGACUCUACUGUAGAGAAGAGCACAGAAGAUGUCUCUUCAAGCAUUCCAUUAAGUGUCAUAACAAAUCUUGCUGUACCCAGUAGUGCCAAUGGUGUUACAACUGCCAAUUCUAACUCAACAACUGGAACAGAGUCCUCUGCUGGAGAUGCCAGGGAUCGUAGAAGGUCCUAUCUGACUCCUGUGCGAGAUGAAGAAGCAGAAUCUCUAAGAAAGGCACGAUCCAGGCAAGCUCGCCAGACUCGCAGGUCUACACAGGGUGUAACACUUACUGAUCUUCACGAGGCAGAAAGAACUUUUAGCCGAUCUCGGGCAGAGCGGCAGACUAAGGAACUGCCAAGUGAAAAAACAGAAAAAACUGAAGCAGCUGAGGAAGGCAGUGAGAAACGGAUUGAAACUGCAACAAGGGAACCUGGAGAGACCCUCUCACGAUGGAGUAGAAACUUGGAUGAAGAGUCUGUCAGCCGUCGAUUGAGGUGCCCAGCGCAGCAAGACAAACCCACAACCAUCAUCUCUCCUUCAUUAGCCCCUUACCUCUACUCAAGUUCUCACCUGCCCAAGACAAGUAGAUCUAUAACUUCUGACUCGGUGAACCCAGCAGACUUCCAGAGCACAUCUGCUGGUGACAUGGAGAAAAAUGAAUAUGAAGAGCAGGAUUUGGAUGACAGAACUUCAAACAAGCAGUCAGUUCGGGAGAGGAGGCGACCAAAAGAGAGGCGAAGAGGCACAGGAAUCUCUUUCUUUACGAAGGAUGAUGAGGAGAUGGAUGAUACUGAAGAAGUAAAGGAAGCUAGGCAUGAAAGACUUUCCAGGUUGGACACAGCAAGCUCAACCCCUGAUACCUACAGCGAUCGGCCCACAGGCCGGAGCAGUGCCUACACCAGGAGGGAGAAUCGUUUGGCUGCCCUCAGCAGCAGAACAGAGGAUGACAGUAGUAGGGAUUAUAAAAAACUCUAUGAGAGUGCUCUGUCUGAAAAUCAAAAGCUGAAGUCAAAACUGCAAGAUGCUCAAGUGGAGCUUGUCGAUGUCAGAGUAAAACUAGACAAGGUAGCCCAGCAGAAGCAAGAAAAAACUUCUGACCGUUCAAGUAUGCUUGAGAUGGAAAAGAGGGAGAAACGAGCUCUUGAGCGGAAACUCUCUGAAAUGGAGGAAGAGAUGAAGAACCUCCACCAGCUCAAACAGAUUCACUCUUUGAGGCAAAUGAAUGAGCAGCUGCUGGCCGAAAACAGGGCUUUGACCCGGGUUGUAGCCAGGCUCUCGCAAUCCGCUGAGCCCCCAGAGUCAGAAGAACUAUAGCAUCUCCCCCUCCAGUUGAACCUCUCUUCUCCUUCCACUCUUCCAGGUUUUGGCAGAGCUGAAGUCAGACAAUCAGCGGCUGAAAGAUGAAAAUGGAGCACUCAUCCGUGUCAUCAGUAAACUCUCCAAGUAGUACACUGAGCACAAGAUGGGCAUAAAGAGAGGACUUGUGUGCACAAGCUGCCAAAUUUCCACCUGCUUCUGAUCUUCCAGUUAAAAGAUCUGCUGGAAUUUCAGGUGUGGAUCAGAUGGCCACGCCCUCCACUGCUCUUUGCACCUUGCUGGGCAUUCCUGUAUUGCACAGUGCUUGUCCCUCCCCACUCUAAACACUGCAUACUCCACCACUUUUUUUUUUAGAAUGCUGAAGUAACUGUUUCAGAGGGAUAAAGAAUGAGUUUACUCUGAGCUGCCCAGACUAUCUGCUGUAAGUCCCAUAUCCGUCCACCAUAAUCCAAUGUAAAGAAGCAUCUACUGUAAUAAGUGAUAUAUAGAAAUGACUAUAUAUUGUUGACCCAACAUGUCUUAAGAUACUGACUCGGAGGAGUAGGGAUAGGGAGACAGACUGGGAAUUGUCUCUGCAGAUGCAUCCAUCUCCCUUUUAGAAUUUGGGAGUCUGCAGUGCUGUGAAAGCCACGACUUAUUUCUCUGGGAGUCUAUGACAGCGGUUACUUGGCUUGGAGAUUCGGGUUCUCCAUGUGUCUCAGUAGCUGACUGAUUUAUUUAAUGAAAGAUUUUUUAACUUAAUUUGGGGCUCUGAGUCAAUGGUUCCUCCUCCUUCUUGCUUCACUUUUGCAGCCCACCUCAUGAUGCUUCCUGCUGUUCUCUUCCGUGGUUGCCUUUUCCGGUUCAGUUUUAGUAAUAAGAUGGUUUUGUAGCUUCUGUAUUUUUUGGCUAACACUUUGUCCUCUCAAUCUUUCAAAACUUCUAUUGAAAGAUGACUAACUAGCAGAAAUGGCUUAUUGAAUUCCCAGUUGUAUGAACUAUCCAUGCAAGAGAUAGCUGUGCACAAGACACCCUUUUUUAUUCGCAAGCGCUGCAUUUUUCAAUGAAGUGAUAACAUUGCAUGAAAAGCCCUAAAAAGUACCUGGGCAAGUGUAUCAUAUGUUUGUGGUAAUUUUCAAUAGACACAAAACCAAAUGGAUAUAGGAAUGUGUUCAUUUUUAAAGCAGGAGAAGGUUAAGGUAUGAUGAGUAGAGUGCUUAUACUUGUGGGAAAUGUUGAACCCUCAAUCUUGGUGGAAAGUUCUGCCAGAAGUAUCAACCUAAUGUUUGAAAAUAUUUGACAGUGAUCAUUUGGCCUGUUCUGAAACAUGAAUGAGUGUGCAUCUAAUGAGGGACAACAGGAUCUGCAUUGCUCAAACUCUGUGCAUAUGAUAAAUGAACAAGUUCACUUUUUAUGGAUUCUCAGAAUGUAACUGCUUUGGACACUGUUCUUAUGCAUCUUCUGACUUAGGAAACAGGAUUUUUUUUUUAACCUACAGAACCUAUUCAGAAGAUUUCUUGCCAGUGAUACUUUGUUUGGUGGGCUUGUUCUUUUUCUCUUCCAAAGCAUGGUAUUAUUCUUAUGAAACUAUUGAUUCGGACUAGCUUUAGACAAAUCUCACCAUUGGUUAGAAAUGAACCUUAAGAGAAGAGCCACUCCUUCAUAGGUACAAGUCAGCAGGGUCGACACAGGCAUGACUCUCAGCAUUGUCCAGUGGGGUAAAGUGUUUGUCAUCUAUGUUUGAUCUGUUAUGAAUCGCUUGUUGGACAAAGACAUGGAUGACUUUCAUCAUCUUUGGCUUCUCCUUAUCCAGAGGUUUUUAUUCUUCUCACUAUUGCCAACUGAAUAGAACUGUACGGAUCUUUCCUUUAAGAACCAGUUCGGAUCACCUCUGAAUUGGCCAAUUAGGUUUCUUCUGUACAGUGGCCUCAGAUUCUAGUAUGAUGAACAGAUUUUUGCACACCAGUUUUGAAUGGAAAGAGAACAAAAUCUGGCUUUACAGCAAGCCAUUACCUUUUUUUAGCCUGGGAUGUUUUGUUUUAGAAGAGCACACACUCAGGAAUCUGGAUAGGAAACUGUUAUCUAAUGCGAUUCCUUGUACCGUACUGAUAGUAUGCAUCAUUUUUGCAAAUUAACACUUUUGUAUGUUGGGGUGUUUGUUUUUGCACUUGUCAUAUUGCUCUUUUCCUGUUUCAGACCUAAAUAGACCAGGGGCUGGUUGCUUGUCUCUGUCCUUUAAGCAUACAAGGGAUCAUCACCUCCUACUGACCCCAGUGGGAGUUGAUGUACAUUCUGAUCUCUCUGCAGGUGAAUAUCUUCCAGCUCUCAGGCAUGCUUGCUAACUCACCAACCUGGCUAACUUUAAUUGUGCAAGGAAUUUCAGUGGAUCUUGUUCAGACUCUGCCCUGAAUGGUCACUCAACAGCAUAGAAGAAAUGGACAUCCUGCACUUGUAAUCCAUUCUGUAAAGAUGUCCUGCAUUCUGCUGUAGCCACUUCUACCUGAAGCAAAGUAGUUCAAACAUAGAUCACAGUUUUAAUGAAUAUGAACUUAAGAACAAGACUGUGAUAGCUGCCACCACAUAUAAAAAGCAUGAAGGAUGGUGCCGUAUGAAGGUCAAGACUUUUAAAUGUGGGAUUUGAUAUAUAGCCGUGAAUUCUUUUAUAGGUUAGAAAUUGCAUGAAUAAAUCCUGUUUAAAAAGCCAAAUCACUAUAACAUGGUGCUAUGGAAAAUAGCUGAAUUAGACAAUUCCAUUGAGAUCAGUUCCAGCCGUAUGGGCCUCAAGGCACACGUUCUGAUAUAAUUUUCUUUGUUUAAUAUUUGCUUUGUAUCUCAUAGUAAGAGCUCAAGGCUUUUCCGAAACAGUGUUUAUCCCAGAACUAAAGUAAACAAUGUUUUUAAUAUAGUUUUUAAACGGAUGGAGAAAACUUUCCUGAAGACCUUAGGAGAGCUCUGUCACAAGCAGAUUCAUGUCUGUUUUUAAGUAAGAAAAUCCAGAGAGAACAUAUUACUACUUCUGGUUGAUGAUUGCUUCAUAUUGGUAAGUUUUAGCAUUUGGAUGGGUUUUAUGUAAUGCUAGGUAUAAUUGUGGAGUCUGGUAGAACAUUCUCUACCAAAAUUGCAAAUUAUGUGGGAGAAAUAUUGGAAGUUUAGCUUGAAAAAGUGUGUUAAGAAAAUUUAAGCAGUGGGCACCAGAAGGUUUUCAUUAAAAUAGAAAGACUCCUCCUGCCUUCCUACUUCCUUAACUCCAAAGAGCUUUUACAGCUAAGACAUACACCACUAAGAUAUUCUUGCAUGUCUAACACCUGUGCUGAGUUUUUUGUGCAGCUUCUCCUUUAACCUGGGAAACAACUCAGAGUAAGGAAGAAACAGGGUUUCAAGUUUCAAUGCUUGCAAAUCAUGUUUUGGUGGGACAGACUUGUUGGUCAGAGCAAAGUUUCAGAUUAAGCUUGAGGCAUUAAAAAGGUCUGAGUUGAGGGAAACAAGCGCAGAUAAGGAAGGCAACUUGAGAGCUGAUGCUUUUUGGUCAAUUGGCUUUCUAUUAAGAGGGGCUAGGUUGUAGUCUAGAAAUCUGGAUGGACAGCUGCUAGAUGGAAAGAACUCAGAACAGUUAAUGAAAAACCAUUUCAGACAGAGGAUAGGGGUGUAGCCGCAAGAGCAAAUGUCUUUUAUUUCAGCUGUGUCUAGUGCCAACUGAUGUAGUACAGUUUCGUAGCAGCUGCUCACGGUAUCCAUAUUGUUGUACUGUUAACAGGGAGUUCAUGGAAGAACUAGGGAACAGACCAGCUGUGUUUCAACCAGUCAUGGAGCAGCUUGUCUCCUGUAAUGCAGGUUUUAGGAGUAUACUGCAUUCUAUCAAAUAAGCUCAUUUCAAAUUGGUUCAAGUGAGCUUAAUUUUUGGAACAUGGCUGUAUAUAAAUCUGUUAGCAUUGUCAUUGAUGCAAUAGCACUUCCUUCUUACUCUGCUAUCGAAGCAACUCAGUCAGUGCAGCUGUUCAUUAGCAGUUAAUAUUUUUAUUCCAUUGGCAUUACCAGACAGCUAGUGGCCAGUAAAUCAGUGGAUAAAUCGUUUGCAGCCCACUGGCUGUGCUUGGAAACAUAACGUUUGCUUUUCAUUAAGAGAAGAUCAGAUAUGUUCCUGACUGAACUGAUGGUAUGAUCUGAAAGAUUUAGGAUAAGUUGUGUUGUGUCAUUAUGGUCCAGUGCUGUCUCUAAAGAAGUCUCAGGCCUGUAAGCUUGAUAUGUGAAAUAGUGAACUUGGUAUGUGAGAUAGUAAUAUGUUAUUACUUGAGGCUCUCUACUGUUGUCAGAUUGUGAGAGACAUACUAGACCUGGGAUUUAGUUCGGGAUGUGUAGAAAUCAGAGUUGAAAUCAAUCCAUAUGGAAAAGUCUUCUACUGCAUCAUGCAUAUACCCCCUUAACCACCAGCAUUUGUUCAGAACUGGAAACUUGUUUGUGAGCAUAGCCUCAGAACAUUUCAGGAGAAAUUUUCAAAAUCCCCUACGUGAGUUCAAACGCAGGUCCACCUCUACAAAUGUAUAUCUGGUGGUUUGAAUGAAAGCUUUCUCACAAGUGAGUCAGAUAUCAGAAUGGCAAACAUUUCCCUUCCUUGCUGAGAAUGUAGAUUCUCCUGUUCACUCACAUGAGCUGUACCUUUAUUAAGCAGCCCUUCCAGAUCUGCUGCAUCUGUGAUGUAGGCUUGCUCAAAGUUCCUUUUCUCCACACUUUCAUCUUAGCUGCCCCAAAUGCCUCUUGGCUCACUACCAUACUAGCCCAUCUGAAACACAGGGCAGUUCCUGAAUCUGAAGCCCAGCAUUUGUGAAUCUACUAUUCCCUUCAGAAAGGCCAAGAAGGAUGUAAAUUAGGAGGCCUCUUUCCAAAAGCAAUUUAGCAUUAAGUUUGCAAAAUCCACAGGACCUUUUUCCUUGAGCAACUUCUGUUUUGGAUCACAUUUGCCUUCACAUUCAAAAGCCUUUUGUGCGAUUCUGCUAGGCAGCAUGUUUCAAGAAGGGCUUCAUGCCAAGAGAACUCCUGAGCAGCUCACAGGUGAAAUAAAUCACUUUCCAGGGUCAGUUCUUUUCUUCUGUUUCUUUCCCUUGACAGACAUUCUCUCUUUUCCUGAGAUGAGUUGAACAUUGGGUGAAUGUGACUUCGCAUGUCCUCAGUAAAACAGUAGGGCCAAAGCCAUCGCCAGGAGACCUGUUGGGCUUCCUCCCCCCCCCCCCCCACCACCCCAACUCAUGCUCUUGAGGAUUCAAGCAACACGUCCUCCCUCCCUACAAAUCUUAACUCCUGGAAAAGAGAGAGUGGUCGUCUGCUGUUGGCUUGCUAAGUUCCCAAGCAACAAGUAUUCUGUACUUACCUGUUUUAAGGAGAGUUUUACAGAUCUUUGUAAAUACACUACUUGGAGAAAAGACUAGCCUGUAAGUGGUGGGAAAGAAUGUAUUUUUAUGCAACUUUUUUGAGUGGCCUUUCAAACUCUGAGAUGAAUGAUUUUUGUUUUACUGAUUGAUAUAUAGUAUUCUAAGUAUUAUAUGUUUGAAAGUUUGGGAAUAAUAUUCACAUCUAUAUGAUGCUUGUAAACACUACGGUAUUUAUAAAUGAAUAAAAUAAGUGCUUUAACACCA